AUGGCCAAUGUUCCCACAAAGAGGCGCGCUCAACAAUCCCUUCGUUGGACCAAGGGGCGCACAAUGAAUUUAUCUCUUCCUUUUGAUUAUCCGUCCAACAAGCGACUGCCCGGUCCCCUCGAGCAAGACCCUGCGCGAUUGCCGCCUCUGUUCGCUUCUCAUCCUGUUUCCUUCAUAUUUCUCAUCACCAUGUCACUCCUCUUCUUCGCAGUCUUGACGCACAACACGCCCGAAGAACAACAACGCCUUACCGGCCAGAAACCAAAGGGAAUACCCUACGACGAUCCAGAUUCGCUCGGUAUCCCACUCGACGUGUUGGAUAAGUCGGGAAAGAAGAAGGAGAAAAAGAACAAGCUCGAACCCAAACCUGACAUUCACACCCCGUCCUCCUCCUCUUCAAAGGCAAAGAAGUGCCAUCGCCAAAGCUAUUUCCUUCACUCCCCAAAACCAACCAAAACAAUGGACACUCUUCUUGCCCAACAGAUAGCGGACGCUGUCGACCGCACCAAAGGCGCCAUGAUGCUCGACAUGCCCAUGUGGUUCCGCCUCGAAUAUGGCCGCACCUGCACCACCACGCGGCAAAUGUGCGCGAGAUGCAGUCGUCUCGGCGAGGAUGAGGGGGAAGUAAGCCGCGUGGCGGAAUGCUGGCUCUGCGCUAUGAUUGGUGACGAGACGAAAAUGUGUGAGCCUGUUCCGGGGUUUGGGGAGCAGAGGGAAGGUGAUGGGCAUGAGUUUUUGUGUCCGAAGUGCAGGGCUAGAGCUGUGGUUGGGAAUGGGAAUGGGCCGGCGGAUGGGGGUGGGUGCGAGUAUGAGGUGGAGAUGCGACGCGAGAGGAAGGUGAAUGAUCAGAAGAGAGUGGAGGAGGCGAUGCGAAGAGAAAGGGAAACAAAUGAUCGGAAGAGAGUGGAGAAGGAUCGGCAGCGGAGGGCGAAGAUCAGUAAUACUAGUGCUUCUGCUGCUAGUAGUCGUGGUGGUCGUGAGAUGAUGUAG